GGAAUGCAUGGAAGCACAGGCACAGGCAUUGGCGCAGCAGCAGCAGCCGCAGCAGGUGGAGCAGGAGCAGGAGCAGGCGCGAGCAGCAGUCAAGAGCAUGGUACCUCGGCGCUGGGCAGCCUGGCCCUGAAGCUGAAGGCGCGUGGCGGCAUGCACAUCAACCUGCCCCGCAGCACCAGCACCGGAGGCGCAGGGGGCAGCGGUAGCGACACCCACGGCCUUGGAGGGGGAAGCAGUGGGGGAGGGGGGGGAGAGAGGGGCGGAGCAGGCGGAGGAGGGGGAGGAGGAGGGGGAGGGGGAGGAGGAGGGAGUUCCGGCGCCAGCCCUGAGGCUCAGUUCGGGUCGAGGAAGAACCUGGGUAAUCUGGGCAGUGGGACUAGCUUCUCCCAGACAACCAGCCCCACUAGCGGCUACAACAGUCCCUAUAACCUCGCGAGUCCUGCGGAGGGAGUGAGUCCGUGCAGCCAGACGUCUAGCCCUGGCCCGCUGCUGGACCCUGACCGCUUAUGGGAGCUGCAGCACUUCAAACGCGCCACUCCCAACACCACACCCACCACGUCCCCGCGUCUCUCUGGCUCCCUCUCCCCCCCGCCCGCUGCUCCCCCCCGCACGCCCAAUGUGAGCGACUACUAUUAUUCGUACAAGUCUGGGGGGAGCCCCAGAGGCGGGGGCGGAGGGGAGGGUGUGCCGCAAGAGGGGGAGGGGCAAAUGCAGGGGCAUAGCGGGGAGGCAGGAGCGGGAGGGGGGGUAGUAGAGGCAGUGGGAGCAGCAGCAGGAGUGGUGGCGGCAGUGGCAGCGACGCCGUCGACGUCGAAUGUGCUGCAGAAGCCGUUUGUGGUGCUGAAUGAGGUGUACCGGCUGUCGAGGAAGGAGCUGGGGCGAGGAAACUUCGGGGUGAUCCGCCUGUGCGAGAAGCGCGAGACGGGAGAGAGGUUCGCGUGCAAGACCAUCGAGAAGAAGAACCUCGAGUGCUGGGAGGACGUGGAGGACGUGCGGAGGGAGGUGGCGGUGAUGGAGCUGCUGAGGGGCCACCCCAACGUCAUCACACUCCUCGAUACUGUGGAGGACCACAAGGAGGUGCAUCUGAUAAUGGAGCUGUGCGAGGGCGGCGAGCUGUUUGACCGCAUUCAGGAGCGCGGGUACUACAGUGAGCGGCAGGCGGCCAAGGUGACGCGCACGGUGAUCGAGGUGCUGCAGCACUGCCACGGGCUCUCCGUGCUGCACCGCGACCUCAAGCCUGAGAAUAUCCUGCUCACGGGCAAGAGGAGCGACACGCGCUGCAAGGUCAUUGACUACGGCAUGGCCUAUAUCUUCCAACCAGGCGAACGGUGCACGUUCCGUGCUGGCACGCCCAACUACAUCGCGCCGGAGGUGAUCAACAAGAACUAUGGCGUGGAGGCGGACGUGUGGAGCGCGGGGGUGAUCCUCUACAUCCUGCUGUGCGGCCUGCCGCCCUUCUGGGGCGACACCACGGAGGAGAUCUUCAAGAGCGUGCUGUGGGGCCACCUCGACUUUGACACCGACCCCUGGCCGCAGGUGUCGGACGCCGCCAAGGACCUCGUGCGGCGCAUGCUGUGCAAGAACUACGCCAAGCGCAUCACCGUGGACGCCAUCCUGCGCCACCCUUGGAUCGUGGCAUACACCACGUAGCACUCCCAUCAGCCUAUUUCCCUGCAACUGCUGCCAGCAAGGAGAGGGAGGCACUUGUUCUUGGUGGUGAAAUACUGUAGACGUUGGAGAUGGGUGAUGGGGAGGUGGGAAGGGAAGAGAUGGGUAUCAAAAUGAAGGCCACGAGGGUCACAAGGCUAGGGGUUGGACAAGUGCGAUUGUGUUCGCCCACUAAGAUAGCAGGAUCUGGGUGGGUACCAAGAUAGCUUUUUGUCGUGGAAGCUUCAAGUUGGUUGGAGGUGACGGCCCACUAAUAAGGGGUUGUCGAGUCGAAUAUGCAGGCUACAUAAAACAAUAGGCCACUGAUCUAAAUGCGAGCAUCUUCAUCUGGCUUGGUUGCAUUCUGUUGAUUGAAUCAUAUAUAUGGC